UUUAAAAAUGGUAGCUUCCAUGGUAUGGCAUAAGGCAACGAUUCUUUAGAAUAAAAAUGAUUCCACGUCCAAAACCGGGGGAAUCUGAAGAUGAUUUGCUAAAGUUCCAACAGGAAUUUCUUGCGAAACAAGAAAAAAGUGCUGUCAGUGUUGUGAAGAAACCAGAUAAAAGGAAAACAGCGCAGUCAUCUGUACCUGUCGAUAAAGAUGUCGUUAACUUAGAGGACCUUCCACCAUCCAAGCCAGAACCUAAGCAUGUGGAUCCAAAUAUUCCUCACAAGAAAAGCAGAUUCUCUGAAUCAUGGGAGGCUGCAGUCAAAGGAGAAGAUGACCCAGAAGCUAGAUUUGCAAAACAUGACAGACAUAUGGAGGCAGUUCUAUCAAAAAUUGUGGAGAGAGACACUAGAAAUCUUCAGUCAUUCCCUUCCGUACUGGAAUGCGCCUCUGGGUUUCCCAAAGUUAUGCAUAGAGGAAAUCUUGAACAGAGCAAAACAGAAAUCAACAAGAAACCAAGAAGCCUCUUUGCCCAGCAAAUGUCAAAAAUGUCUGCCAAUGAUUUGGGAUUGAAGGUGAAGGGAAAUGAAAAGCAGGCUCAUAUUAAGAUGGAAGAAAGUGGACCAGAGGUAAAUCUUUCAUCAGAAAGUGGUUCACAUAUUAUACAAGGAACUGGACUCAGUGCAACAUUUGGUGGAGAGGAGGCUCAGAAAAUUCACCAAGAAAACCUCAGCAAAUUAUCAUCUAUGACUCCAGAAGAAAUCAUAGAAGAGAGGAACAAGCUGCUACAAAUGCUCGACCCAAAGCUUGUGAACUUUUUGUCAUCGAAAAAAAACAAGAAAUCUGCAGCAGAACCAAAUCUGCCAUCCUCUAAUUCAGAGUCCAUGGAAAUGACACAGUCUGAAAACACCAAAGAAAGGCUUGCAGAGGCAUCAGAAUUAGACUUGCCAAUUAAACCGGACAGGAAGUGGAUGCACAUGGAUAAAGUGGAGUACGACAAACUGUCGUGGCUGAAGGAUCUCCCCCAGCCUACCACAGAUCACAGUGAGACAGGGACAGCUGCACGCUUUGAUUUUGAGGGUAACUUGGUAACAAGUGACGAAGGCAUUGAUGUCAAGUUAGGUCUCCAUCACCAUGGAAACGAACCUGAGAGGGCUGGUUACUCACUGGAGGAGUUGUUUCACCUGUGUAGGAGUACAAACACACAACAGAGGCUGCUCUCCCUCAAAACUCUGGCUAACAUCAUCACAAAGGCAAGAAAUGGUGACCUUGAGGGUCAUGUGAAUUCGGCCAUUCUACCAACAGUGUUGAAUGCUGGGAUCUUGUUUCUGAUUCGCUGGGCAAUGGAUGACAGUGUGGAGAGUGUAGUGUUCAUGGCCAUAAAAACCCUGCACUCCAUUUUAGUGUCAGAAGCAGAUGAGGAGGCUUUAGAUAGAGUGUUGCCAUGGUUUCAAGGACAUGUGUCGCCUUGCCUGAAGACUUGCAGAAUGUCAGCAGAAAUGACCUCCCAGAACCCUACACCAGAAGAUGAGAAACCACAGGAAACAGAUGCUGAUGUUCUCAAACGAGAUGUCAUUUAUGCCCUGGUGAUGAGGAUGAACCUUCUUCCCCGGUUGCGACACAUCCUGUCCCAGUCUCACCCUCAGGCUCCGGUUGUCCUUCAGUGUACUGACAUCCUGAUCAGAAUUGUCAAACACUCGCCUCAGAUGGCAUAUGAGGUGGAGAGGUGUCCCGAGCUGUUGGAUGUGAUUGUGGAGGAAUUCUUACCCACCAGUUGGAGAAUGUUAGAUGUUAAAGCUCCCCUGUCUGAUUUAUACGGUGUACCUGUUCCCCGCGCCAUGAAGCUUGUCAGGUGCUUGGCCCAGGCUGGGAGAAAUCUAGCAGCUACACUGCUGGGGAAAUACCAUAUAAAAGCCAGGUUUUUAAGAUAUUUAGUGGAAAAAAAUGCAGAUAAUUUGUUGCUCCCUCAGAGUGAGGCUCUGCGUCUACAGAUUGAGAGUUACAGAACUUGGAGGGUGUGUCUAAGUUAUGGCCUGGCAGACGACCUAUUCAUGGACAUUUUCCCAUGUAUUCUGUCACAAUUAGAGACACUGCAGAUGGAGUGCUUGGAGAUUGGCCCUGGGCUUCAGUACAACAGAAUGACAGCAUUUACUACAGUGUUAGAGUCAGUCGUGCUGCUGGCUGCUCAGAGCGAUCAGAGGAAAUUUGGAUCUAGUGAGAGGAAGCUUCCAAGUGACCAAGAUCAGAAUUUGUUGCCCAGUGUCACAUGGAGCCAAGUAACAGACAUAGGUUCUGUAGUCAUGGAUAUGUGCCAAAAAUGUAUGAAGAAGCUGGGAGAGACAUAUCAACAUAAGAAAUUCAGUUUGGAUUUUGAAGUGUCCUGCCUUAACUUUAUGGCUUCUUAUCUAUCAUCCUGGUCCUCACUAAAAAGUUUUGACCCUGUAGCGGGCCUACAGUACAUAGAGAAGCUCUAUGGGGAUACGUUUGAACCCCUCCUCCAUUCCCUGGGGUUUCAGGCUGUCCUUUCAAGUUUAUGUCCCAAUUCAAGCGUCCUGAACCCUGGCCUUCAGAUAAAGAUGGAGUAUGCUGACAAUCUGCCUGGGCUAGGAAUGAGAUUAAAGGAGGGUGAUCUUGUAGAACCAUGUUUACUUGAUUAUUCCCCUUUUGGAAUUGUUACAGCAGUGUUAAGGGUGCUGCAUGUUAUCGGCCAAAUUCACAGAGGUCUCCAAGAAAAGAUUUGUCAACUCGUUUCAUCAGAUGGAAACCUGCUUACUUAUCUGAGGAAGAUAGCCAGUUCUCCUACAGCUUCUUCAAACUCUCACUUCAACAAAUAUGAACAUUUUGUGAUAUAUUAUUUUUUGAAACUUGUAGUCAAUCAUACUGAUGGUGAACAGACGGCCUCUCUGCUACAGAAACUCUCACUGAGGCUGAUCACACAUCUACAGCAUGGAGACGAAUUCCUGGUUCAUGACCUCUUGUCAACCAUAGUUUUCUCACCAAAUAUUUGGAAACAAGGAGAGGAAGCAAUGAUGAGUUCCAUGGAGAGCCUCCAGCUAUCUGAUGCUGUACAUCUCUGUAGUGUGACCCAGGAGCAGGUCUCGGUCAAUCAAACUCAAUUGGUGGCCGCCACUCUCUCUGAACUGGUUCCUAUCAGGGCUGCUUAUCUUCAGGCCUUCUCCGACCAACAAAAAGUGGCAAUGCAUUCAAGACACCGAUUCCUGAUGCAGGCUUUGGAUGUACAGAACCUGGUCACCUCCUCCCCAACAGAGACCCUGCUACCCCAGGACUGGAUGUAUCUACCCCUCAUCGACCUCUACAACAGAUUCAGCUCCGUGGGAGCUGAUGUACAGAAUGCUUUGUCAAAGAAUCAGGUUUCCAUGGUUACCAGUGUAUUGAGGUGGGUGUACCUCUUGGAGAGGUUCCAACCCAAGGUCACAGGGUCAGUGUCCGUCACCCUGAGAGUCUCCAGGGUCAUGUGUACCUUUCUGACAGGUAAUGAUUUAUUCAUGGAGAGGACUGUGUACCUGUACCUAGCAGCCCUGCUCAGGGAAUUCUCCACGCCUCAGCUGUUGGAUCAAAUGAAUUUCACAGAGGAAAUUCCUGGAAUUGUGUCAUUCUAUGAUUUGUACUCUGCCCUCCUCCAGCAGUACGAGGCUGUGUCCUUUGGAGACUCGCUCUUCUCCUGCUACGUUCUACUUCCUGUUCAGCAGCAGCACGACAUACAGCUGAGAAAGGCCCUGUGGACAGAGCACCAGGGCAUACUCCGCUGCAUGCGCCUGCCUUUGAAGGAAAUUCCACUCCCAUUAGACAGAUUUCUGAAUCCAGAAGAGUCAGACGUAGAGUUGAUCCGGCUGUACUUUCAGAAUCUGUUGUCAAGGAGACUGCAGCCCCAUUGGUCGCCUCUGUUGUAUGUUAUUGCCGUCCACCAUGUCAACAGGUUCAUCUACAACCAGGAGAAAAAGCACACCCGCCUCAAGCACGGCAUGAUCCUGCAGCUCCAGAAAUCUACUCACAUGGAACUGUGUCAGCAUUUAUUGCACUACAAAAUGGUGAACCAAGAAAAGGAUCAUGGGAUUGAACUCUAUGAAGAACUUCCCCCAAUCAGGAAAAACUUACUGGGGCAAGUUCAGGCUCUUGAACACCCCUCCUGAAAUCUUAUCUGUACAAGUUUUUAUUAACUACAGAAAAGUCAAGUCCUUGAAUA